UCACACAUAUAUGUUGCGAUGAAGUUUAUCAGGGCUGCAGAAGUUGGACAGACACAUAUUAACCCGCGCAUGCGCAAUAACGCCGCCAUCCAGCUCUAAAUAAGAGUUGAGAGAGAAACGAGAUAAAGAUGGCAGAGACAUCUACGAGUGAUGGUCCUGCCGCAGGAGCCGAUUUUGACAUGAUGAGCGCUCUUGAUUGGAAGGACGGCAUAGCCACUUUGCCAGGAAGUGACAUUCGGUUUCGGAUGACUGAAUUUGGCACCCUGGAGAUCGUCACAGAGGUGGAGCCCAAAGUUAAAGAGGCAGAGCUUACAGGCCCACAGCCUCAAACUACAGGCACCAGCAACACUCAUUCUUCUGAGCAAAACAAAACAUUAAAUCAGACUGCAAAGCCCCAGUCAAAUACAGAGCAUCAGACAAAUGCAGUGGUUUCCACUGAGCCCCACAGGCAGGCAGAGAGCAACAACGCUGUGGAAAGCCCUAGUGUGAGUACAGUGCCCAAUGCGAUUGUUCCCAUGACUGAGGCGACUGCAAACUGCAGGUCAUGUGGUCACUCUGGUUCACGCGAAUCCUUUCUACAAGGCAAAUAUUGCAGCGCUCCUUGUGUACAGCCCACCAGUGGCAGGUCAACCCCAGCUGAGGCUGUCGAAGGGGAACGUUUAGGUAAACGUGUGAGAAAGAAGAAGAAGAUGUUUAUGGAAUCUGGAGAUGAAGAGGAGGACAACAUAGAGGAGGAAGAGGAGAAGGUUAGAUCCUCAAAGGGGAGACGAGCAGCUAAAGUUGCUAGAUUAGUGACUGCACCUCUGGUAAAGAAGAAAACCUGGAGUUGGUCAGCUUAUCUAGAGGAGGAGAGAGCCAUUACUGCUCCCUUGAAACUUUUUAAGGAGCACCAGUCGUUUCCUCAAAGCAGGAAUGGAUUUAAAGUUGGCAUGAAGUUAGAGGGAUUGGACCCCAGUCACCCUGCUUUCUUCUGCGUUUUGACUGUUGCAGAGGUGCAAGGCUACAGGAUUCGGCUUCACUUUGAUGGCUACCCUGAGUGCUAUGACUUCUGGGUAAAUGCUGACUCAUGGGAUGUGAAGCCGCCAGGCUGGUGUGAGAAAACGGGUCUCAAGCUAUUGCUGCCAAAAGGCUGCAAAGAUGGAGAGUUUAACUGGAACACAUAUGUAAAGAACUGUAGGGGUCAACUGGCCCCCAAACAUCUCUUCAAGAGUCUUAAUACAUCGGUCACACCGUCAGGAUUCCGUGCCGGGAUGAAGCUGGAAGCCGUUGACAGGAAGAACCCAUCACUCAUCUGUGUUGCAACCAUUGCUGCUGCUGUCGACAACCGGCUCCUCAUUCACUUUGACAACUGGGAUGAUUCGUAUGAUUAUUGGUGUGAUGCCAGCAGUCCAUACAUUCAUCCGGUAGGGUACUGUGAGGAGGCCGAGUUAAUGCUCACUACACCUGCAGAUUAUAAGCCUCCCAAGGUUUUUACUUGGGAGAAGUACCUUGAGGAAACUGGAGCCCAGGCUGCACCAGCAAGAGCCUUUAAACAGAGACCACCACAUGGCUUCCAAGUUGGGAUGAAGCUGGAGGCAGUGGAUAAACGUAAUGCCAUGCUUAUUCGUGUAGCCACCAUCUCUGAUGUAGAAGACCACAGAAUCAAGAUCCAUUUUGAUGGCUGGAGUGAGGAGUAUGAUUUUUGGCUAGAUGCUGAUAGCCCAGAUCUGCACCCAGUAGGCUGGUGUCAGAAGACAGGUCAUCCUCUACAACACCCCAACGGUCCCAGAGAUUCUCCAGUGCCUCCAGGACAAGGCUGCCCAACCCCAGGAUGCAACGGAGUCGGACAUAUUAGAGGACCUCGGUAUGGGACACAUUACACGGUGGUGAGCUGUCCAUACUCGGAUGUGAAUUUGAAUAAGGACGGGCUGGUGCCGGACAGACUGAACGGGGAGAGGCCGGUCACGCUCAGUGGACCUCCGCGCCACCGCCGUGCUGAAACGCUCACUCAGACGCACCCUCCCACACCCAGCGCCAGCACCCCUGAAGCCCCUGACACCACCACAGACGCCUGUCCACCAGCUCGCUCAGUGCGUGAGCACGUUGUGUCUGGCAGUGCUCCCAAAUGGGUCAAGCCACCUCAAGUGAAGCAGGAAGGUGACGGGAAAGAUUCUCUUCAGCAGCUCCUGCAUGAGUCUGUGUUUUGUGGAUGGGAGCCACCGAGGUUUCAUCUGUGUUGGGAAAAGCAUGGAAAACUCUUGCCUGAAGCUUUAGGCCUCACGGCUAAGAGAGUGGCCAAGUGGAACACAGAAGAGGUGGCAAGUUUUGUAAGAGGGCUGCCUGGCUGCAGAGAGCAUGCUGCCACCUUUAGGAAAGAGCAAAUCGAUGGCGAGGCCUUCUUGCUCCUUACUCAGUCAGACAUUGUUAAGAUUCUGAGCAUCAAGUUGGGACCCGCUCUUAAAAUUUAUAAUUCAAUCCUCAUGCUGAAGAGCGCAGAUGAGGAGUAGACAACUCACAGCAACUGCUGCUCCAUCAAACAACAUGUCUCGCCCCCACCAACGUGUCCAGCAGACACAAAUGUUCAAUCAUUGGUCUCCUUGUGAUUGAUGGAUAUUGACAGAAUCAGCCAAUUCAACAAACUUUGUGAUCAGAAAUAUCACAGCUCCUAAAGGUUGAUAUAGAUUUGAUGUCUCCCUUUCCGACUCUGCACUCGCUCUAAAUUAGGACUGAUAUUCUCUUUUGAAAUCAAUCAUUUGAUUCAUAUUAGACUCCGGGAGGGGGGAGUACACUACACUGAGGCACCUUAAAUUGUUGAAAGCUUAAACUGGAUUCUUUCAUUGUUGAUAUUUAUGUUUUUAUGGUUGCUAAAAUGACGGCUAAUUACGAUUGAAAUGCACGACAGUGGAGCUUUUAUUUGAAAUGUAAUUUUUUUUUGUAAAAAUGCAAAAAGACCUUUGUUUGUAAUUGGACACACAUCCUAAAUAAUCCAAAUGAGCCUGUUUGAGACCACUAGAGGGCAGCAGGAUUGUGUGUGUGAGAGAGAGAGUGAGUGUGAAAGACUUUUGCAAGCAUGUGUGAGUGAAAUUUUUUUUUAUAAAUGUGUGCUUGCAUCUAAUGUCAGGGAAUUCUUGCUCUGGGCAAAUCUGGAAUUGAAUGUCUCCGUUUGUAUUUACUUCAGAUGAAAUAUUUGAUCUUGUAAAAUGCACUUGUUAAAUUGAAAAAAUUGUAUAGUGAAUUGGACAGUGUGCUGACACCAUAGACACUGCAAAUAGAGUUAGGAAUAGAAAUGAGGGGUGAAAGUGUGUGUGUUUUAAGCCUCUGAGACCCUGACAUUUUGCAUUGUACAUGCAUUCCUGAAUACUGAGACAUUUUGUUCUGUCAUUCACCGAGCAAAAGCUUUUUGUGCAUCUCUGACCUGCUGUAUAAUAGAGCUGUAAUUCUCAACUCUGCUGCAACUGAUUUUACAUGUUGGAAUCACUUUGUUUUCGUGUACUGGUUUGGAUUUGCAGUGCUUCUCAAAGUUGUCAGUAUACGCACAUGCAUAUGCAGGUUGCAAUAGGUUCAGAAUAAUAGAUCCCGUUACGGUUGGAAACUGGAGAAAAUUUUGAAAAUGGGGGUACAAAAACGAAAACACUGAAUAAAUAUAAAUAAUAGUCUGCAGAUGCAUUUGGCUAAGUAAUAAAUGCAUUUGGAUGGUGAUGGAAAAUUAAGAUCUGGGGAAUCCUCAUCACAGUGGUUAGGGUCAAGGAUGAGUUUAUAUCAGAUUUUGAUUGUUUUCUUUGGUUUAUGUGUGUGUUUGUAGAUUAAAUGUCUCUCUAAUCAGACUCUUAUGUGUGACUGAUUGUGUGUUUGUGAGUUUUUGUUUUUUUUUGGUCCAGUCUCAAAUGGAUGAAUGGAUAAAUUGAAGGAGAGAUUAAAUACAGAUUUCCAACAUAGCUGUUUUGUUUAUUUUUUACAUAAAAAAAUUAUUUUAAUACAUAAUUCAAUCAUAUCCCACAUGCUUUUAUUAUACCAAACUGAAAUUUUAAAAGGUAACACUAAAAGGUAA